AUGGGGCUAGGGUCCAGUAGCAUCACAAUGGGAAAUAUGAGAAUGAAACCGCGAACACUCCGUUGGAUUCUCAUCCAUCCUGAUGGAUCCAUGGAAUCACAUUUUCCGCAACGCAGUCGACUCCCAAAUAUGUACGCUGUCCCAUGUCUCUCUUUACCUACGGCCGCGAUUGGCGAAGGCGGUGGGAUGGAGCACUGCGAAUUUCGCGUCGUGCCGCGAGUCGCGAACACGGGUCGACGAACCGAUCCAGCCAGUCAGCUACGAGGUUUAGAAAUAACGCUGCCUACCGAGAGCCCAUUCCGACCACCGUUCGGCAGCCAAUCAGCGCAAACCUGUGCGCGAUUCAGGCUGACUGGGCAGCCUGAGUCCAGGUCGCGCGCCAAUCAGAGAAGAAUCCACAUAGGCAAGACGCACACGUCGUCUGUCGGCUGUUGCACAGCUGGAAGGAUCCCCAUGAACAAGGAGCAAGUCCCUUGCAUCGAGCGGAAGCAGUGUCGACCUGUCGAAAACGCCUCGAUCUGCCUCCUUCCGUUAACCAAGACAGAGAUCAUUCGACUUGUGUCGACCACAUCCAACCCAGCCAGUGCUGCGCUGGACUGCAGUACCUUCAAAACCGCGAGCUCUGCAGACUCAGGAUUUUCCGAAUUCCGAAAUCGACGGGCGAACGGUCACACUCGCACGCGCAAGAUCAAUCGGAAGGCAGUCGUCGUAGAUGUGGAAUAUGUUCGCAUGUACAUUCUACGGAGCUGUGAGCAACUGGCGCGGAGUCGUACUGUAACGCAGUGGAGGUCUUCGCGUUACUGUAGUUCAACCGGCUUCAACCUUUUUUUCUCCGCGUUCUUUGCCGAGACCUGUUCUUUGAACCGCGACGGGAAGUCGGUCACCACGGAGGGCGAACUGCGUCGAGAGCACGGACCUAGACGGCGACCUCGGUUGCUGGUGGCCGAUGAACCCACACCUGGAAGCGCGCCUCGGACGCUCGCUCGGGGGGGUCGGCGGAUCCAUGAUCGUGAGGGGACGGCGAGUGGAGGAACGGCGAGGGAGAAUCGGGAAAUUGGAGCUGCGAGUAUUUUCUUGACGAGGAGGCGAUGCGAGAAUAUUUCGAGGAGGCAGGACGAGCAGCAUAGGUAG